AUGCAGUCCUUCCGGGAGCAAAGCAGUUACCACGGAAACCAGCAGAGCUACCCGCAGGAGGUCCACAGCUCAUCCCGGCUGGAAGAGUUCAGCCCUCGCCAGGCCCAGAUGUUCCAGAAUUUUGGCGGUGGAGGUGGUGGUAGUGGUGCCAGCAGCAGUAGCAGUGGUGGACGACGAGGAGCUGCAGCUGCAGCAGCAGCAAUGGCUAGCGAAACCUCUGGCCAUCAGGGCUACCAGGGUUUCCGAAAAGAGGCUGGAGAUUUUUACUACAUGGCAGGCAGCAAAGACCCCGUGGCAACAGGAACCCCACAGCCACCUCAGCGGCGGCCUUCUGGACCUGUGCAGAGCUACGGACCCCCCCAGGGGAGCAGCUUUGGCAAUCAGUACGGGAGUGAGGGUCACGUGGGCCAGUUUCAAGCACAGCACUCUGCUCUUGGUGGUGUGUCCCAUUAUCAACAGGAUUACACAGGGCCUUUCUCUCCAGGGAGCGCCCAGUACCAGCAGCAGGCAUCCAGCCAGCAGCAGCAGCAACAGCAAGUACAGCAGUUGAGACAGCAGCUUUACCAAUCCCAUCAGCCUCUGCCCCAAGCCACUGGCCAGCCAGCAUCUGGCUCAUCACACCUGCAGCCAAUGCAGCGGCCCUCAGCUCUGCCAUCUUCUGCUUCCGGUUAUCAGCUACGAGUGGGUCAGUUUGGCCAGCACUACCAGUCUUCUGCCUCUUCCUCCUCCUCCUCCUCUUUCCCUUCACCGCAGCGUUUCAGCCAGUCUGGACAGAGCUACGAUGGCAGUUAUAGUGUGAAUGCCAGUUCCCAGUAUGAAGGCCAUAACGUGGGUUCUAACACACAGGCUUAUGGAACACAAUCAAAUUACAGCUAUCAGCCUCAGUCUAUGAAAAAUUUUGAACAGGCAAAGAUUCCACAAGGGAAUCAGCAGGGGCAGCAGCAGCAACAGCAACCCCAACCCCAACAGCAACAGCAGCAGCAGCAGCAGCAGCACCCACCUCAGCACGUGAUGCAGUACACCAACACUGCCACCAAGCUGCCCCUGCAGAGCCAGGUAGGGCAGUACAGCCAGCCCGAGGUCCCUGUGCGAUCCCCCAUGCAGUUCCAUCAGAACUUCAGCCCCAUUUCCAACCCUUCUCCGGCUGCCUCCGUGGUCCAGUCUCCAAGCUGCAGCUCUACUCCAUCUCCUCUGAUGCAGAGCGGGGAGAAUCUCCAGUGUGGGCAAGGCAGUGUGCCCAUGGGCUCCAGAAACAGAAUUUUACAGUUAAUGCCUCAACUCAGCCCAACCCCAUCAAUGAUGCCCAGUCCAAAUUCCCAUGCUGCAGGCUUCAAAGCGUUUGGACUGGAAGGUGUGCCUGAAAAGCGGCUGACGGAUCCUGGCUUGAGUAGCCUGAGUGCCCUGAGUACACAGGUGGCCAAUCUCCCCAAUACUGUCCAGCACAUGUUACUUUCGGAUGCCCUGACACCUCAGAAGAAGACCUCCAAGAGGCCUUCCUCAUCUUCUAAGAAAGCAGACAGCUGCACAAACUCUGAAGGUUCCUCACAGCCUGAAGAACAGCUUAAGUCUCCCAUGGCAGAGUCGUUGGAUGGAGGCUGCUCCAGCAGUUCUGAGGAUCAAGGUGAAAGAGUGAGGCAGCUUAGUGGCCAGAGCACCAGCUCUGAUACCACGUACAAGGGUGUCUCCUCCGAGAAAGCCAGCUCUUCUCCAGCACAAGGUGCUCAGAACGAGCCACCCCGCCUCACUGCCAGUCCUGCAGCAAGAGAAGAGACUGCCUCGCCAGGUGCUAAGGACACUCCCUUCUCAUCCGAGGGCAACCCAAAAGUCAAUGAGAAGACAGUUGGAGUGAUUGUCUCCCGGGAAGCCAUGACAAGUCGGGUAGAAAAGACUGGUGGACAGGAUAAGGGCUCCCCAGAGGAUGACCCUGUGGCCACUCAGAGGCCCCCUAGCACUGGGGGGGCAAAGGAAGCUAGCCAUGUAACACUUCCCCAGCCAGAGCCUCCAGGAAGCGGGAGCAAAGGAAACAAGAACGGAGAUAAUAACUCCAACCACAAUGGAGAGGGAAAUGGCCAGAGCAGUCAUUCUGCAGUGGCCUCUAGUUUUACAGGCAGAACUGAGCCAAGUAAAUCUCCUGGGAGCCUACGCUAUAGCUACAAAGACAGCUUCGGGUCAGCCAUGCCACGAAAUGUCAGUGGCUUUCCUCAGUAUCCCACAGGACAAGAAAAGGGGGAUUUCUCUGGCCAUGGGGAGCGAAAAGGUAGAAAUGAGAAGUUCCCCAGCCUCCUACAGGAGGUCCUUCAGGGUUACCACCACCACCCUGACAGGAGGUAUUCUAGAAGUGCCCAAGAGCACCAGGGGAUGGCUGCUGGCCUGGAAGGAGCCUCAAGGCCCAAUGUCUUAGUCAGUCAAACCAAUGAGUUAGCUAGCAGGGGCCUCCUGAACAAAAGCAUAGGUUCCCUAUUAGAAAACCCCCACUGGGGCUCCUGGGAAAGGAAAUCAAGCAGCACAGCUCCUGAAAUGAAACAGAUCAAUUUGGCUGACUAUCCGAUUCCCAGAAAGUUUGAAAUAGAGCCUCAGUCGUCAGGACAUGAGCCUGGGGGUUCUCUCUCUGAAAGAAGGUCGGUGAUCUGUGACAUAUCUCCACUAAGGCAGAUUGUCAGGGACCCAGGAGCUCACGCCCUGGGGCACAUGGGUGCCGACACCCGAAUGGGGAGAAGUGAACGUCUCAAUCCAAGUUUAAGUCAGUCAGUCAUUCUUCCAGGUGGUUUAGUGUCCAUGGAAACAAAGCUGAAAUCCCAGAGUGGCCAGAUUAAAGAGGAAGACUAUGAACAAUCCAAAUCCCAGGCUAGUUUCAAUAAUAAGAAAUCUGGAGACCACUGCCAUCCCGCCAGCAUCAAGCACGAGUCCUACCGAAGCAAUACCAGUCCUGGAGCAGCAACCCACGAUUCCCUCUCAGACUAUGGCCCGCAGCAAGAGAGCAGACCCACACCGAUGCGACGGGUCCCAGGCAGAGUUGGUGGUCGGGAAGGGAUGAGAGGUCGGUCUCACACUCAGUAUCACGACUUCUCAGAAAAAUUGAAGAUGUCUCCUGGGAGGAGUAGAGGCCCGGGGGGAGACCCUCAUCACAUGAACCCCCACAUGGCCUUCUCAGAGAGGGCCAAUAGGAGCUCACUGCACGCUCCCUUUUCUCCCAACUCAGAAAGCCUGGCCUCUGCUUAUCAUGCAAAUGCUCGGACUCAUGCUUACGGGGACCCUAACGCAAGCUUGAAUUCUCAGCUCCAUUAUAAGAGGCAGAUGUACCAGCAGCAACAAGACGAGUACAAGGACUGGAGCAGCAGCUCUGCUCAGGGGGUCAUUGCCGCUGCCCAGCACCGGCAGGAGGGGCCACGCAAGAGCCCAAGGCAGCAGCAGUUUCUUGACAGAGUCCGGAGCCCCCUGAAAAAUGACAAAGAUGGUAUGAUGUAUGGCCCCCCAAUGGGGACUUACCAUGACCCCAGUGGUCAGGAGGCUGGACGCUGCCUCUUAGCUAGUGAUGGUCUACCCAGCAAAGGCAUGGAAUUGAAGCAUGGCUCUCAGAAGUUGCAACAAGAGUCCUGUUGGGAUCUUUCCCGGCAGAAUUCUCCAGCCAAAAGCAGUGGUCCUCCCGGAAUGUCCAAUCAAAAGAGGUAUGGGCCGCCCCAUGAGACCGAUGGACAUGGACUCGCUGAGGCCACACAGUCGUCCAAACCUGGCAAUGUUAUGCUAAGACUUCCUGGCCAAGAGGAUCAUUCUCCUCAAAACCCAUUAAUCAUGCGGAGGCGGGUCCGCUCUUUUAUCUCUCCCAUUCCCAGUAAAAGACAGUCCCAAGAUGUGAAGAACAGCUCUGAAGAGAAAGGGCGUCUCCUUCCCCCAUCGAAAGAAGGUAUAGAUAAAGCUUUCAAUUCCUAUGCCCACCUUUCUCACAGCCAGGAUAUCAAGGGUAUCCCUAAGAAGGAGUCCUCCAAAGACCUCACAAGUCCAGAUAAUAGAAAUUGCCCUCCCGUUCCCCUCACGAGCCCUGCUAAGACCAAAAUACUGCCGCCGCGCAAAGGACGAGGAUUGAAGUUGGAGGCAAUCGUUCAGAAGAUCACAUCCCCAAAUAUCAGGAGGAGUGCGUCUUCAAACAGCGCUGAGGCUGGGGGAGACACAGUGACCCUUGACGACAUCCUGUCUCUGAAGAGUGGACCUUCUGAAGGCGGGAAUGUUGCUGUCCAAGAAGUUGAGAUGGAGAAGAGAAAAGGUGAGGUGGUGUCAAACCUCAUCAGCCCAACAAACCAGGACUUGAGCAUUGAAAAGCCCCUUUCGAGGUCCUCGGAAGAGUGGCGUGGCAGUGGGGACGACAAAGUGAAGACAGAGGCACAUCCAGAAACAGUUACCACUGGAAAAGAACUCCCUGGUGCCAUGGCAUCCGCAGUGUCACAGAAGCCCGGUGGUAACCAAGGGCGACCAGAUGGUUCCCUGGGUGGGACAGCACCUUUAGUCUUUCCUGACUCCAAGAAUGUAUCUCCAGCCGGCAUACUGGCUCCGGAGGCAAACCCCAAGGCUGAAGAGAAAGAGAGCGAUACAGUGACGAUUUCCCCUAAACAAGAAUGUUUCCCUCCAAAGGGUUAUUUCCCAUCAGGAAAGAAGAAGGGGCGACCCAUUGGCAGCGUGAAUAAACAAAAGAAGCAGCAGCCGCCACCUCCCCCUCCUCAGCCCCCUCAGAUACCGCAGGGUUCUGCCAAUGGAGAGCCGAAGCCAAAAAAGCAGAGGCAGAGGAGGGAGAGACGCAAGCCAGGCGCACAGCCACGCAAGCGGAAAACCAAACAAGCUGUGCCCAUCGUAGAACCCCAAGAACCCGAGAUCAAGCUGAAGUAUGCCACCCAGCCCCUGGACAAAACCGAUGCCAAGAACAAGUCCUUUUUCCCUUACAUCCAUGUAGUCAAUAAGUGUGAACUUGGAGCCGUUUGUACAAUCAUCAAUGCUGAAGAAGAACAGACCAAAUUGGUGAGAGGCCGGAAAGGUCAGAGGUCACUGACCCCUCCGCCCAGCAGCACCGAGAGCAAAGCGCUCCCAGCGUCAUCCUUUAUGCUGCAGGGGCCUGUUGUGACAGAGUCUUCUGUUAUGGGGCACCUGGUUUGCUGUCUGUGUGGCAAGUGGGCCAGUUACCGGAACAUGGGUGACCUCUUUGGACCCUUUUAUCCCCAAGAUUAUGCAGCCACUCUCCCGAAGAAUCCGCCUCCUAAGAGAGCCUCGGAAAUGCAGAGCAAGGUUAAGGUACGGCACAAAAGCGCUUCUAACGGCUCCAAGACGGACACUGAGGAGGAGGAGGAGCAGCAGCAGAAGGAGCAGAGGAGCCUGGCUGCCCACCCCAGGUUUAAGCGGCGACAUCGCUCAGAAGACUGUGGCGGAGGCCCUCGGUCACUGUCCAGGGGCCUCCCUUGUAAAAAGGCAACCACCGAGGGCAGCGGCGAAAAGACUGCUUUGGACUCAAAACCCUGUGCGCCCACCACUUCGGAAGGUGGCCCUGAGCUGGAGUUACAAAUCCCUGAACUACCUCUAGACAGCAAUGAAUUUUGGGUCCAUGAGGGUUGUAUUCUCUGGGCCAAUGGAAUCUACCUGGUCUGUGGCAGGCUCUACGGCCUGCAGGAAGCCCUGGAAAUAGCCAGAGAGAUGAAAUGUUCCCACUGCCAGGAGGCAGGUGCCACCUUGGGCUGCUACAACAAAGGCUGCUCCUUCCAGUACCAUUACCCGUGUGCCAUUGACGCAGAUUGUUUGCUACAUGAGGACAACUUCUCGCUGAGGUGCCCCAAGCACAAGCCUCCCCUCCCUUGCCCUCUCCCCCCCUUGCAGAACAAGACCGCGAAAGGCAGCCUCAGCACAGAGCAGUCGGAGCGGGGGUGA